CAGUUAAAUUGGCUACUUCGCAGGCCGGUUUACAACGCCAAUCCGGCAGUUUUGUAUAUAAUCGUUUCAAUAUGGCGUCCGAAUGGUUGGAUAAACUUAAGAAAGCAGAAAAAACUUGUUUAAUUCAAGACGGAAGACGAAGGGUUCAUUACAUGUUUCCCGACGGUAAAGAAAUGGCUGAGGAAUAUGACUUGAAAACAAAUGCUUUAAUAGCAAGAAAGUGGAGACAGAAAUCGUCUCUUGGCUCCAUCGGUCGAUGGGAGGUAGAAGUCGGCGAUCCCGAAGGAGAUCGAGAAUGUCGAGAGUGGAAACUGGAGAGCGAAGGGUUUAGAGAAAACAUUUCUAAUCCUGUGUGGGUCAGGAAGGAUACUCCAGUAGGUUUCCAGUGGCGCAUACGUAACUUACCAUAUCCAUAUUCGGUCUACCAGAUCAAGGUGGACGAAGCAACCCGCCACAUUAUCGUCGGUACAACUAAUAAGAAGUAUUACAAAAAGUUCAACAUUCCCGACUUAGAUAGGGCAAAGCUGCCACUAGAAGCAAGAAGAUUGUCUUAUUCUCAUGGAAAUAAUACUCUCGUCAUUACCUAUGAAAAACCUCCAGCAAUUUUGGAAAUGGAGAAGGCCGUUCAGGAACAGUUGAAAAGGAUGAAGGCAAGCAAAGAAGGAGACGUGGAAUGUAAACCAAGUUAAAAACAAAGAAGAAAGAAACAAACAAACAAACAAAAAAAAAACUUAAAUCAAUCUCUAUUUAACCCAUUGCUGUUAUUGUGUAGUAAGCUCUGCUGCACUUUGUGUUCCUGUCAAUGAUGGGGAUAAGUUAAACACUGUGUGUUAUAUAGCUAUUUAUUGCACUUGCGUAUAGAUGCCAACAAUUAGAGGAGUGUUACAAAUAUUUUAAAUCAGAUUUUUAAAAUGAAUGAGAGUAAAUUGAACAAAUGCUAAAAAAAUAAAUCGGACAUUUUGGAUCCAAAACAAUUUUAAAUCUGUAUCAGAAACACAUUUUAGCACUCAAAUAAAACAAGAAAAUACAUUUUAACAAUACAUUUUGAGUUAACACAAAUGUAAACUCAAAACAAAAACCACCUCUAGUUGGCACCUGUAACUAAAUAGUACGAUGUUUUAAAGCUUGUGUCAUAAAAUUGAUUGUUAGUAGACUAUAAAUAGAUCAAAUCAUAUAAUCCAUCCUAUCGGUGUUGUAAAUAAAAAUAUUGAUUUGUAUGUCGUGAUGAAUUGUGAUAGUUUAAGUUGAUUGUGUUUCGUUUUGCAUUGUAUAUAAACAAUAGAUUUGUAUAUUGACGGUGUUCAUUUUAUGGUAAUUUAUAUUUUUAUCAUUUAGAAUAUAAAUGUGUGUAUAUGUAUAUAAGAAUAUAAAUAUAGAUAUAAAAAAUUAUUCCUGACAUAGUAUAUUAAACAAAAGGAAUUCAUAUUAUCCUGAACAUUCCUGCCAUAGAAGCUCAGUAUUGACCAAAAAAUAAAGAAAUUAUUUAUUUUCGGAUGAAUGCACGACG